AGAGCCGCUAGUGCCUAGCCGUCUUGGUUCCAAAGACUCCAAGUGAGACCGUGAGCGAGGCUUUCCCAAAAAGGAAGGGAGGAAGGAAGAAGAAAAAUGUCGAUAGCUCUCAACAGCGGGUUCAAAAUGCCAGUUCUUGGUCUCGGUGUUUGGCGCAUGGAAGGAAAAGAAAUCAGAGACCUCAUCAUUAAUUCCAUCAAACUUGGUUAUCGCCAUUUUGACUGCGCUGCUGAUUACAAGAAUGAAUCAGAAGUUGGGGAGGCACUAGCAGAAGCAAUUUCCACUGGGCUUGUUAAGCGAGAGGAUCUCUUCAUCACCACCAAGCUUUGGAAUUCAGAUCAUGGACAUGUUCUGGAGGCCUGUAAAGACAGUCUAAAGAAGCUUCAAUUGGAUUAUCUGGAUCUGUAUCUUGUUCACUUUCCUGUUGCAACAAAGCACACCGGAGUUGGUGCAACUGGUAGUGCUUUGGAUGAGGAAGGGGUGCUAGAGAUAGACACAACCAUUUCUCUAGAAACUACAUGGCAUGCUAUGGAAGAUCUGGUUUAUAAUGGUUUAGCUCGUAGUAUUGGGAUCAGCAACUAUGACAUCUUUCUCACUAGAGAUUGCUUGGCCUAUUCCAAAGUGAAGCCUGCUGUGAAUCAGAUUGAAACUCAUCCAUACUUCCAGCGUGAUUCUCUUGUCAAAUUCUGCCUGAAGCAUGGCAUCUCUGUCACAGCCCACACUCCACUUGGAGGUGCUGCUGCCAACACUGAAUGGUUUGGUUCAGUUUCAGCUCUGGAUGAUCCAGUUCUUAAGAAUCUUGCUGAGAAAUACAAUAAGACAGUAGCUCAGGUUGCUCUUCGAUGGGGCAUUCAACGCCACACGGUUGUAAUCCCAAAGACAUCAAAACUUGAGAGACUGAAAGAGAAUUUUCAAGUCUUUGACUUUGAGAUUUCCAAAGAGGACAUGGACCUGAUUAAAAAGGUGGACAAGAAACUCCGGACCAAUCAACCGGCGAAGUUUUGGGGCGUUGAUCUAUAUGCUUAGGUGUUCUGUAAGUCUACUCAUCCCGUGUGCUUGCUAAGAAUAAAUGAGUGCUGUAGCGAAUGUUGUUGCACCUGUAAACUUUAGACUGAUCUAAAUCAUUCUUCAAUGCUCAAAUGAUGUGCCAACUAUGUCAAUGAACAACUCUUCCUAAUGUGGUUGUUGGCCUUAGUGUAUAUGGUUUUGAUCCUGCUUGUCUCAAAAUU